GAGGCCCCUGCGGUCACGGCGGCGCACUACAUCUGCGACUUCGGGCACUUGCCCCUCGGGCACACCAGCCACAGGCAGGUCGUCAUCCACAACGGGUGCGCCGAGGCGGUCAGCAUCGUGAUGGACAAGAAGGUCCUCACGGAGCACGGCGUCACCGUGAUGCCAGACAAGGUCAGGUCUAUACCCGCGAGGGGGUCGCAGACGCUGCAGCUCAGCGCCACGCGCCCGUUCGAGGAGGCGGAGGCCCAGGUGGAGUUCGACUGGUUCGUCCCCAUCAGAGGCGGGCCGCUGUACAAGAUUAGCAUGGUCGCCAACUUUGUUCUUCCGGACUUCCUGAUCUCCUCUGGCUCGGUCGACUUCGGCCGCGUGCUGGUGGGCACGCAGAAGCGCGUGACACUGGAGUUCAGGAACCACAAGACCGUCGCGGUGGACUGGUCCUUCCAGGAGCCGAGGGGCCCCGCGAACAAGAAGCUGCCCUGGGACCAGGUCGUCUUCAGCAUGACGCCCUCGUUCGGCUCCAUGGCGCCGGGCGCGACGAUGCGCGUCGUGGCGUCCUUCUCGCCACGCGAGGGGAAG